AAUCGCUGAAUACUCCUAUGGGCAUCAAAAGAAAUCGAGCAAGAAGAAGAAAAUCAGCAAGAAUGAUAUUCGCCUGGUACCGCGGGACGUGGAAGAGACGGAUAAAAUGAACGUUGUGAGCUGCUCCUCCCUCACUUCAUCCCUCAACUACUUCGACUACCACCAGCAGACCCUGCCGCUGGGCUGCCGCCGCUCCGAGAGCACCUUCCUCAACGUGGAGAGCCAGAACAACAGGAACGCCGGCUCCAACCACAUCUACCAUCACACCUUCACGGGGCAGAGCCCCCAGCAGCCCGACCUCAUCAUCAACGGGAUGCCGCUGCCGGAGACUGAAAACUACUCCUUCGAUUCCAACUACGUGAACAGCAGAGCUCAUUUAAUAAAAAGCUCCACGUUCAAGGACUUGGAGGGGAACAGUCUGAAGGACAGCGGCCACGAGGAGAGCGACCAGACGGACAGUGAGCACGACGUGCAGCGGGGCCUCUACUGCGACACGGCCGUCAACGACGUGCUGAACACCA